GGAUCAAGAUUGGUGGUGUUGUGCAUGAGUUUGUCGCGGGAUCUGCAUUGUCUCAGCAGUUUCAAAGUGUUCAUCGUGUAUUGGAGUCAUUGUUGAAAGAAAUGCGGCUCUUAGGUUCCUAGUGUUUGGUUUUCCUAUUUGGGAAAGCUCGUGGUUGAAAGAAAGGGGAAGUCUUGUGACAGACUGUCUGGGAACUGGCGAUGUGAGAUAGGCUUCCUAAACUUGAAGCAUGCUUUAAUAUCGAUUACUUGGUUGGAGCAGUGAAGCAUUCUUGCUGUCUUAGAAAUAUAAAUUCAAAAGUUUGCAGCUCCGUCAAUGUACAUUCAUUGUUGAGCAAGUUUGAUUGCUGGAUUGUUGGCCCAUUCUGAAUACUGAAUAAGCUCACAUAUUUUCUUGUGAAAUGUUUGGCUAAUUCUCACUUCUUUCACACACACGCGCAUUCUAUUUUCCAAUAUAUUAACCAUUUUCUUAAAUAUAUGACAUGUGAAGGCACAUAUAAUGUGAUGAUUAGGUUGGUCAUGCAAAGCAAGAGAGGCUAGCUGGCUUGUCUCUCCCUAUAAAUAUAGAUGAUAUUGAAGGUAGAAAUAGAAAUACAAGUAGAUAUACAGAAUAGGUGGCAAUGAAGUGUGCUAUUUUGGGUGUGAUAUUGGUGCUUGCAGUGGUGGGUGGAAGCUGGGCACAAGACACAUGCUCUUCUUCUUUGUCAAGCCUGAAUGUGUGCACGCCGUUUGUGGUGCCUGGUGCCACUGCGGCCAACCCCAACGCCGACUGCUGUGGGGCCCUUCAGGCCGUCAACCACGACUGCUUGUGCAGCACUCUCCGCAUCGCCUCUCGUAUCCCUGCGCAGUGCAACCUCCCUCCCCUCUCUUGCCCCAACUGAGCUUGGAAUCUCGAUCAUCGCCAACAAUGCAACAAACUUGGGACUCAUUUUCCUUUUUUCCUUUUCUCUUUUUAAUUAUGUGUGUGUGUGAGUGUCUGCUCUGCUGAAGCCUUUGAGCAAUUAGCUCAAGAAAGAGCAAACGACUGUCAUUAAAUAACCAACAAAGAUGGUUUCCUUUUGCUAGGAAUAAAACUAUUUUGACUUCCUCAUCUUAUCUA